CGCAAUGAACAUCAAGAACGAGGGCACCGGAGCGCAUAAGUCGAGUAUAAUAAGGGCUUCGAUCGCAUGGCAAACGUUUCUAUCAAACAAGACACAGACAGUUUGAGACCGCUUGUAUGAAAACGUGUUACAAGUGAAUUCGAUUUUUUUGUGCUUGAAAAGAAACUUGGUUAAGUUAAUAUAUUCUUUUGUCCUUAUAUUUGAAUUUUUGUAAUUAAUAUUUCGUGGCUAUAUAAAUAAAGAAAAAGUUGUUAAAUUUCAUAAAAAGUUAUGAGACUGUGUUUCAUAAAAAAUGGAUUUUUUUUUAAAAUGUAGAUUCGUUUUAUAAGCAACAGUUUUAUAUACAUGAAAAUGAUGGGAAUAAUAACUACAUAGACGGGCAUUGACAUGACGAAAAGCAAAGAUUUGCUGUUCAUAUUUCUCACAUCAACAUGUCUUGGGCUGUUUUAUAUUGUUGACACACUCUUAUUUUCUGCAAGUGCUUCUUUGGUUGGGAAUGAAAAACAAAAGACAUCUGUGUUUAAAAGAGUAGACACUACGCCAGAGCUGACGGAAAAACUACCAUUUUCACAGAACUACAAGAACCCAUGUUGGUAUGAAGCCGCGCCGGAGCUCGGGAAGAAGUUACACUGUCUACCUUAUUAUUACGUCAUUGGCGUUCCUAAAUGCGGAACCACUGACCUCUGUCGUAGGAUUAUGAUGCAUCCUUCAAUAUCGAACAAAGUGAUGAAGGGGAACCAUUGGUUGACGUCAUUUAGAUUCGGUAAAUUCCGGGAACUUUCAAAUUACCUCAGACUUUUUGACUAUGCUGUUGAAACUGAUAUAAGACGGAAAAGAAAUCAAGAUGGUUUUCAUAACGUUAUAUUUGGGGACUGCACGCCGUCAAUAAGCUGGAAUAACCGUCACAUGAUUUUACAAGCAAAGCGGGACAACAAGACAGUAGAGCCGCUCUCUAACGCCGAAAUAAUAAAACAUCUAAACCCAAACUCUAAAAUCAUCGUCAUUUUACGAAAUCCUGUUGAAAGAGUAUAUUCCGAGUAUUUGUUUUUCAACGGUGCUGAUAACAAUCCAACGGAGUUCCAUAAACGUGUUGUUAACUCCGUAAGUAACAUGUCAGCGUGUCUACAAACUGAUACUUUACGAACUUGCAUUUACAGUCGGCCAAUUAAUUCAUCGCACAGAAAGGCUGAAAUGGUUCGAUUACAAGUUGGGGUAUACCAUGUUUUUCUGGAAGACUUUAUAAAGGUUUUUGGUCGACAACAAAUUUUGAUCAUAAAACUUGAAAAUUACUCAUACCACAUCAACCAAACUAUGAAUAAAAUUUUCUCUUUUCUUGACGUGGGCAGAGUUGCGGACCCUGAGUUAAACAAAAAUAUAACGACAAGCAGCCCGGCCAAUACAAGGUCAGGGGGAGACAAACUUCUUGGUGACAUGUUGCCGGAAACUCGACGAAUUCUUACAGAAUUUUAUAGACCCUACAAUGAACGAUUAACUGAACUACUUGGACCAGAAUUUAAUUACACAAUGUGAUAGUAAUGGCGAAGUUUCUGAUUUAAGAGAAACAAUUUUGCAUGUGGAUAAGGGAAUAUUAUUUUAUAAUCGGUUCAAAAUGAUAAAUUUUAAAUGGAAAAAUAAUGAAAAAAAUAAAAGAAAACCAACAAACACAA